UGCAAAACUGCAAACCCUUCCCGAGGGGGGUAUGGGGGGUUACAAAAGAAUUUUCCUGUACUUCUUCGCUUUAUAUAUUCUUCAAAUUCGACGUAUUGCUGUUCCCAUAACCAUCCAGUUGUUUUUCUUUCACUAAACUACAGAACAACAAAAACAGCUGAAUCAUCUCACUAUAACCCUUCUCAGCCUCCCUGUCCUGUUUCCUCACCUCUCUCCCGGAAACAUCCUAAUCUAAAUACAUUGUUUUCCUGUUCGCCCUGAAGUGAAGUCCCAAUUUGGCAAUGGUCUAUUCAAACUGGGUUCUUUCGAUUUGUGUGGUGUUAGAAAUACCCAGAAAUCAGAAUGCCAGAUAAGUGGGGUUAUCUCAUUCCUCUCUUGACGGCCCUUCUCUUCAUCACUUGAAAACCCACCACCUGAUUCGCUCCUUCCGCCCACCAUCCCUUUUCUGGUUCUUUCUUUUCUUUUCACUCAUUUAUUUGUUGUAAUCUUAGCUCACGUAUCUCUGUACGGAGCUCUCUGCCAUAAUGAGAGAUGAAAGCUCAAAGAAGAAUAAGAUUUCAUGGACCAAGACACUGGUCAAGAAAUGGUUCAACAUCAAGAGCAAAGCUGAAGACUUUCAUGCCGAUGACAUCCUCUGUCGAGGUGUUGAUCAUGAAUUGAGGAACCAUUUUGCAGAAAACGAGACAUUCUCACUUCAGAACAACAAAACAGAUUCUACAAGCAGAAGGAUCUCUGUUCAGCAACCCAAGAUCCAACUUGAUACUUCUGAUGUCACAGAUGUAAAUAACUACAGAGUCUUUGUAGCUACAUGGAAUGUGGCUGGAAAAUCCCCAACUAGCAACUUAAGCCUGGAUGAUUGGCUCCAUACCUCAACUCCUGCAGACAUUUAUGUGUUAGGGUUUCAAGAAAUUGUUCCACUAAAUGCCGGAAAUGUUUUGGGGACAGAAGAUAAUGGCCCUGCAAGAAAAUGGCUGUCUCUAAUCCGAAAAACAUUGAACAAUAUUCCCGGCACAAGCGGUAGUUACAACACGCCUUCUCCAAUCCCUAAUCCCAUUGCAGAACAAGACGCUGAUUUUGAGGGUUCUACGACAUCGUUUUUCCACCGCCGUUCGUUCCAUUCUUUCACGCGUAGCAUGAGAAUGGCAGAGAAUAAUGAUUCAGCCAUUCCUGAGCCUCGAUUUGACCGACGGUUUAGUGUUUGUGAUAGAGUCGUGUAUGGGAGAAUGAAUAGCAAUUAUGAUGAAAAUUGGGGAGGUUCUUCGGAUGAUGAAAAUGUACCAUAUGAUUCUCCGAACACGCUGUAUUCCCCACACUCUUAUAAUGACUUUGUUUCGGUGGAGGAUAGAGAUCGGCAGACGGGCAGAUCUAAGUACUGUUUGGUUGCAAGCAAGCAGAUGGUCGGGAUUUUUCUCACCGUGUGGAUAAAAUCUUCUCUGAGAGAUGACAUUAGCAAUCUAAAGGUCUCCUGUGUUGGAAGAGGAUUGAUGGGAUAUCUCGGAAACAAGGGCUCUAUAUCUAUUAGCAUGUCGUUGCAUCAAACAAGCUUCUGCUUUGUUUGUAGCCAUUUGACUUCUGGUCAAAAGGAUGGCGAUGAGCUAAGAAGGAACUCAGAUGUUAUGGAGAUUCUUAAGAAAACUAGGUUUCCAAGAGUUCAUGGCACUGGAGAUGACAACUCUCCCCAAUCAAUCCUCGAGCAUGAUCGAAUUAUAUGGCUUGGGGAUUUGAAUUACCGGAUUGCCUUAUCUUACCGAACUGCAAAGGCGUUAGUUGAGAUGCGCAAUUGGAAAGUUUUAUUGGAAAACGAUCAGCUUCGAAUAGAACAAAGGAAAGGACGUGUUUUUACCGGAUGGAGAGAAGGGAAAAUAUAUUUCCCACCUACUUACAAGUAUUCCAGUAAUUCAGACAGAUACGCCGGAGAAGAUACACACCAGAAAGAAAAACGAAGGACUCCUGCAUGGUGUGAUCGUAUAUUAUGGUGUGGGCGAGGCCUCCAUCAGAUGUCUUAUGUUCGGGCAGAGUCCCGGUUCUCAGAUCACAGACCGGUGUAUGGUAUAUUCUUGGCAGAAGUCGAGUCUAUUAACCAAAACCGGAUGCGAAAGAGCUCAAGCUACUCAAACGCAAGGAUCGAGGUUGAAGAGUUGUUGCCUUAUUCACAUGGAUAUGGCGGGUGGGAUUACUACUAAGAGGAUAAUCUGCACAAAUUUACUGAGACCACAAGGAUCCACAGAAGUGGUUAAAAUGAUGCCACCUGAGCAGGAACAGUGGCUGGGUGCAUUUCAUACUAACUUGCUUGGGUUUCAUAUUUUGAGCCAAGAUUGUGGGUAGAAUUGGAAUGAGUGACCUCUGCAGUACACAUAGGAGAGGUUCUUACACUAUUUCAAUUGAUGCUGUUCCAUAUUUGCUGACUAAAAUGACCUUUUCACUAUCAGCAGUAUUCAUUCAACACAAAUAAGUGAGGAAUAUCUGCACCCAAAAGAGAAACAGUAGAGAUCUAUAGAAGAACAAUUUUGCUGUGUGUUCAUUCUUUAUUUAUUUAGAUUUAGAAAUAGAUAUCCAAUGGUAGCUUGUGACAAAUGAUAUAGAGGUGAAAACAUUGUGUACUUGGGUUUGUACAUUGUACUUCAUACAUUGCACAUUUUGGAAACUAAUUUAGAGUUCAGUAUUGAUUCAGUGAAUAUUUUGGAACAUAAAUGAUUGUACAAAUCUGCAAAAUUCACAAAUAGAUAAAAAUAAAAAGCGGGUGUGAAGGACUCC